UAUAAUUCCCUUUUAUUUUCAUAUUUAAAUUGUGUUGUUUUUUCUUUUCUUUUUUCUCCUGCCAGAGUUUAUAAUUUAUAUAUGGGAUAGUUUCAGUCGAGUUUUGAUUCUUUCAUUGGCCUCUGGGCUCUGAGCCUUUUUCUCUGCCUCUGUGAUUCUCUGAGCGAUAGAUAUAUAGCGUCUGGUUCUCUAUUGGCCAACAAGAAAAACCCAAGAAACCAAAAACAAAAAAAAAAGAAAAAAAAAAAGACUUGGUUUUCUGUGUUUUCCUGAGAUCCGAAGUCGUCUUCUUUGGCAACAUGGACUCUGUGGAUCCUACCAGAGCUUUUGUCAAUCGUGUCAAGCGUAUCGUCGUGAAGGUGGGAACAGCUGUGGUCACUCGUGGUGAUGGAAGAUUAGCUUUGGGCAGACUAGGAGCUCUUUGUGAGCAGCUCAAAGAUAUAAACGCUCAGGGGUAUGAGGUUAUUCUGGUGACUUCAGGAGCUGUUGGUCUUGGCCGUCAAAGGCUAAGAUACAGGAGAUUGGCAAACAGCAGCUUCGCUGAUCUCCAAAAUCCACAAAAUGACUUCGAUGGAAAGGCUUGUGCAGCUGUCGGACAGAGCAGUCUCAUGGCUCUUUAUGAUACCAUGUUCAGCCAGCUUGAUGUGACUUCUUCUCAACUUCUGGUGACGGAUAGUGUUUUUCGGGAUGAAGCUUUCAGAAAGCAACUUUCUGAAACUGUGAAGUCAUUGUUGAAGCUGAGGGUUGUUCCUAUAUUCAAUGAAAAUGAUGCUGUUAGUACUAGGAAAGCUCCUUAUGAGUUCUGUUUGCAGGAUUCUUCUGGUAUAUUUUGGGACAAUGACAGUUUGGCGGGUCUAUUGGCUCUUGAACUAAAAGCUGACCUUCUUGUUUUACUAAGCGAUGUAGAGGGACUCUAUGAUGGUCCCCCUACUGACCCAAAAUCAAAGUUAAUCCAUACAUACGUCAAAGAAAUACAUCAUGGAGAAAUAACAUUUGGAGACAAGUCAAGGGUGGGCAGAGGGGGUAUGACAGCUAAAGUCAAUGCUGCUGUUUGUGCAGCUUAUGGUGGAAUCCCUGUUGUUAUCACUAGUGGCUAUGCCACAGACAACAUAAAAAAAGUGCUUCGUGGAGACCGGAUAGGUACUGUCUUUCAUCAAGAUGCACAUUUGUGGACUCUUGUUAAAGAAGAAGGUGCACGUGAUUUGGCUGUUUCAGCACGGGAAUCUUCUAGACAGCUUCGAGCUCUAGGAUCUAAAGAUAGGAGGAAAAUUUUGCUUGACGUAGCUGAUGCCUUGGUGGCAAAUGAAGGUCAGAUUAUAGCUGAGAAUGAAGCUGAUAUUGCUGUUGCACAGGAGAAUGGAUAUGAAAAGGCCUUAAUAUCUCGUUUGGCCCUAAAGCCUGGGAAGAUUGCUGCUCUUGCAACGUCUAUACGUAAGCUUGCAGACAUGGAAGAGCCCAUUGGCCGUGUUCUACAGAAAACAGAGCUUGCAGAAGGACUUGUCUUAGAGAAAGUGUCUUGUCCUUUGGGUGUUCUUUUAGUUGUUUUUGAGUCUCGACCUGAUGCCCUCGUUCAGAUAGCUUCAUUAGCAAUUCAAAGUCGGAAUGGUCUUCUGCUUAAAGGAGGGAAAGAGGCCAAGCGGUCGAAUGCAAUCUUGCACAAGGUCAUCACCUCAGCAAUCCCAGAAAAUGUUGGUGGCAAACUUAUUGGACUUGUGAAUACAAGAGACGAGAUUCCCGAUCUGCUCAAGCUGGAUGAUGUGAUAGAUCUUGUCAUUCCUAGAGGCAGCAAUAAGCUCGUUUCUCAAAUUAAGGAGUCCACUAAGAUACCAGUUCUUGGUCAUGCCGAUGGAAUUUGUCAUGUUUAUAUUGACAAGUCAGCUAAUGAGGACAUGGCAAAGCGCAUUGUUUUGGACGCAAAAACGGAUUAUCCAGCUGCCUGUAAUGCGAUGGAAACACUUCUUGUACACAAGGACUUGGUGACUGAUGAUGGUGGGUUUAAGCAGAUAAUUUCAGGACUCCAAGAUUUAGGUGUUACGUUAUAUGGUGGACCAAAGGCAUCAACUGUGUUAAAUAUUCCAGAGACAAGCUCAUUCCAUCAUGAAUACAGUUCAUUGGCUUGCGCAGUUGAAAUUGUUGAUGAUGUGACUGCCGCGAUUAACCACAUCCAUGAACAUGGAAGUGCUCAUACUGAUUGCAUUGUUACAGAAGAUCAUGAAGUUGCUGAAACUUUCCUAAGUCAAGUGGACAGCGCUGCAAUCUUUCAUAAUGCAAGUACACGAUUUUGUGAUGGUGCACGCUUUGGACUUGGUGCAGAGGUUGGGAUAAGUACGAGCAGGAUUCAUGCUCGAGGUCCUGUAGGAGUUGAAGGAUUGUUAACAACAAGAUGGAUUCUGAGAGGGAAUGGGCAGGUUGUAGACAGCGAUAGAGGGGUCAAGUACACCCACAAGGACCUGCUUACAAGUACCUAAACUCGCAAUUAUUGAGGGGAAAAGCUUUGUAGCACACAACUUACAAAUGUUAACCUCUGUCAUGUGUUAGCUAUAGUUUCUAUUUCAUUUUCAAUUAUAGUGUAGGAGUUCGACUGCUCCACAGAAUAUUCUAUGUAUGUGUUGUCAUACAAAUGAACCUUUAUCCCCUUGCCAGAUUUUGAUCACCUGGAUUAUUUAAAGGGGCUUCAUGUAAUCAUCACCUUAAUUAUGAAUGAGCUUUCUAAAA